GUGUGAUUCUGUCAGAAUUGAGCCGGAAAUGUAACCUUAAACGAACUGCACGUUGGAAAAAACGAGGUAGCAUUUUGUUGACGCCAUGGAAAUUCUUUUUUUGUCAGCCAAGGAUACCUUGACCAAUGGCAGCCAAACUAUAUGAUCAUGUUGACGUGACGUACAGAUUAUGCGUCAUUUGAUUGGAGGGCUAAUCACGUAGGCCCACACCACGAGUCAAAUAUAACGCUUGGGAUCUACAGCUGAGCGCUGGAACUCUGAUCGCACUGCAAAAUUACAUGCACGUUGUCAUGCAAACCAGCACCGUAUGUUUUGAACGGCAUCGGGAAGCACAACGUCACAACCAGUGAUAGACAAAAGCCGAAUAACACUUCACAAAACUAAAGCAAACUUAAAACGCCAUGGAAUCUGAAAUCGUGCAAACUGACCUUACUGAGACAGAGGUGUUGAUUACCGAUUCUCCCUCGUCAACUCCCGGUGAUGAUGCCGUGCCACCUUCAACCUACGCCCUGGCGGUGUCCGUCGCUUCUUUGAUGGCCCUGUCGACGGUCACCCCAAACGCCAUGAUAAUCACACUAGUUAUCGUCGAUCGCAAACUGCGAAAACUCAGCAACUAUUACAUCAUCAGCUUGGCGACAGCCGACUGUAUUGUAGGAGCUGUCGUCAUGCCCGGCAUGGCGUCCUACUCCAUUUUAGGAUUCUGGGCCCUCGGCGACAUCGUUUGCGACUUGUGGAUUACCGUCGACUUCAUGUGCUGCACCGCUUCCAUGCUGAGCUUGUGCAUGAUAUCGCUGGACCGUUACUGGGCUAUCACUAAGCCCCUGAAACACAUGGGAAGACGCAGUCGCAAAAGGGCACUGGUGUACGUCGCUUCAAUCUGGCUCGUAUCGGCCAUCUGCUGGGUACCAGCGAUCGUCGCCUUUCGCGUCGUGUCCGGAAGUUUCAUAGAAUAUGACUGUGUCUACCUAACACACCCAAUAUACGUCCUUAUUUCCGCUGUAGUAAUAUACUACACCCCCAUGGGUGCGAUGGUGUACCUCUAUAUCAAUGUAUACUGCUCAGUCAAGGGGCAGUUUAAAUCUCUUGAAGAAUUUGAGCGCCCGUUGAGCGAAAAAGGCGAGAAGACGCAAGGUGGACACGCUGACGAUUGUCUGAACAAUUCAAGCCUGAGUAACGCCACCGAUCUAUUCACUAAUGUCUCGGAGCUAUCACUACAAGAAUUGUCCACAUACACGAACAAGGGAUUCAGGGCCAGUACGCAAUCUUUGCAUGGACUCCAACGGGAAUCGGUGGUGUCUCUUGAAGGCAUUGAAACCAGUGGCACCGAUCUUGGCAUCACGCGGUCUGAUAUCGACACCGGCGCGCCUUCGGACAGUAGUGGGAUGCGCUCGGCACAAACGGGCGACGUAACACUGACUUCUGUGUCGGGUACUGUUCCCCAAAGCCAAGGGGAAACCACGAAUGCUGAGAAGAUGAGGAAGCUCCGGCUGCAGAAGGUCCAGCUGAAGCACGCUGCGAUUAACCGACGAACCGCGCGGACCCUCGGCAUAAUCGUCGUCUUGUUCCUGGUGUGCUGGCUUCCCUUCGUCGUGAUGUUCCCCAUCAAAGCGUUUUGCAACAACUGCAUACUGGGCAAACUGUACGACGCUUCAUACUGGCUGGCCUACCUGAAUUCUACCCUCAACCCCUUUCUGUACGGCUUCAGUGCGGACUUCAGGCGGGCCUUUAUGAGGUUCUUCUGCAAGAGGUGCGUGGCCGUCGCGCACGACGUGUCGACAACCGAAGACGUCAAGGGGAACGUAAACCAGAUCCACAAAAACUAAUGGCGUUGCACUUUUUGUCCUCAAAAACUUGUUCACAUGUAGCGAAUCUCGAAUAACCGAUUGGAGCAGUUGACGUAACAACUGAUAACACAGUGAUACUGAUGCCAUCCCUCCCAUUUCCGAUCAUCCAGUGAAUUAUUCCACGCACUGACAUGCGUGCACUUGACAAUAAUUAGAUGUAAAUAUAAUUUGCACACAAUUUUGUUAAUACAUGUACAGCAAACCUGAUGACAUAAAACCAAUAUGCAUGUACUUAAUAUUAGUUUAGUUCAGCACAUGAUUCAAACUGUUUAUUUGCGUAUAAAGUAAUCUGUACAAUACUUAUGCGAAAUUAAUAACCUUUAACCCUAACAGUCCCACAUCCUCCGAUUUCAAUAUGAUUUUACAUACACCCUACGGGGUUAGGGUUAAUACAAAAUCCAAGCACUUGCAUAGUAUUAAACUUUACAAAACAAUGCCUUGUUGUAUCCCUGGUGGAAAUUUGUGGCCCUUGUGAAAAUGCUCACAACCUAUGUACAAGCCAAAGCUUACGUGCUUUCAGUGCCCCCUUUGAAAUAUUAUGUGCAUCCCAAGCCGGGUGCUCCCUAACAGGUUUCAAUCCAGUAACGCCACCAGCCCCGCCUGUCCAAUAUCCAUCAGACUAACUUAAUUCCUUUUGGAACUCUUAAAUAUAUUCUAAGACUCUCAUAGCCUCUUCACCAGAGAGGCGUCCAUCACAGUGUGGACUGAACGAAAUAGUGGAGGGACUUUUCUCCUAUUAUGUGUACAUGUACAUUAAACAAGGAGAAGCAAGCAACAACCGAAGUGUAAAAUGGCGGCCAGUGGCGUCGAUACUGGAGGGGAUUUACGACGUGCUGUCGACUCUCGUUAAUACGAGGGCCUCGGGACUUACUUAAACUAACUCUUUUCUUUGGUAACGUGCACCAUAUCCAUUUUGCAGACAAUUAAAACUGUGCAAUGAC